CAUGCUCACAGCUUUAGGACACACAGCAGAGCAGCUCAGUGUUUGUUCUGUCUGUCAAUGAGUAAACGUGGAGCAGGAACCACUCCCCACAUUCAGCGUCUGAACCUGAGCUCACAGCUGUCGACGCAGCUCCUCCUCAGCUCCUCCUCAGUUCCUCCUCCUCAGCUCCUCCUCCUCAGCUCCUUCUCUCUGCCUCAGCUCUUCACUCUUCACAGCCUUUCACCUGUACUCAGCAGUUUCCUGAUUUCUGUCCCUCCCUGUGGUCAUGGCUGCAGUCGGAGCCGGGGUCACGGGGUCGUGGUUCCUGUCAUCGGGAGUCGUCAGUUUCUUCAUCCUCCUCCUCCUCCUCUCCAUCUUCCUCACCGCUCUGUGCAGCGACUGCACCAGACAUUCAUUUGAGCUGCGAGAUUCUGAGACAGACAAAAAUCCUUCAGCUCUCAUCAGGGUGGUGAAACUGGAAGAAACCGUGGUGGUGAGGGAGAAUCCCAUGAUCAGUGAGAUCCAAAACGAUGAAAAAGAAAACCCCAUCACGUUCACUCCAUGGAGGAGCCACUUGGGGGCGCCACAGAACAACCAAGACGUUCGGGCCAAUGGCAGUGCAGCAGUGAUGGAAACAGGAGGUGACUCUAACGCUUCUGAGUCAAAUCGUGGAGAAGAAAACUCGGUCCAGUUCACGCUGUGGAGGAGCCACCAGAGGGCGCCACAGAAUGAAGAGGGGAGCAGCUUCACCCCCCCUGACUCCGAGCACAUCUACCACAACAUUGGAGGAGGGCGGAGCAUGGUUGACUUUUCAUCACCACCAACCAAUCAGGAGCCGGGACAGAAGGGUGGGGGCAGCGCUCGCUCGGCAGCGGCAGAUUCAAGUGACACAGACGGAAAUUCACUUUACGCUCAGGUCAGCAAAAAGGUGAGACAGGCCGCGCCCCCGGUCCACACACCUGAGGUGGGUAAGGUGGAGGGGGAGGAGCCUUCUCCUCCACUGCCUGAGAGGAGGACAGAGAUGGAGGGAUGAUGGACAUGAGACAGGGGAUUUAAGGACAGAACAAGGGAUGAGUGCAAAGCACAAAAAAAUGAAAGACUAAAGAUGAAGAACAAAAGAUAAAAGAUGAAAAACAAAGGAUGGAAAGAGGAAGAGUGAAGAAUGAAACGUUACAAAGACGAACGAUGAAGGAGGAAACAAAAAGAAGGUGAAAUACAGAGUGAAAGAUGGAGGACAAAUGAAGACAAAGGGUUAAGGACGAGAAUAAAAUAUUACAGAUGAGGAACGAAAAAAACAAGGGACAAAAGAUAGAGGGCAAAAUGAGACCAAGGCUAAAAGAUAAAACAUGAAUGCUGAACAUCCACAAACAACCAAAAGAGGAAGACAAGGAAUGAAGGAUGAAAAACGAAGGAAGAGAAAUGAAAAAUAAAAGAUGGACAGUGAACAGAGGAAAAGAUGAGGGACAGAACAACAGAUGAAUGUUAGGGGAAGAAAAACUGAAUGGUUUAAAUCCAAGCAGAGGACGAGAGACGAGGUGUCCUGACUGGAUCCUUCGUUUCCCACAAUGCAGCUGGAUGGCGUUCUCAUAGGCUGCGGGGAUCUUAAUGUGGUGGAAUAUCCCUUUUAAAUAUUACAGUUUGGGGACAUUUAGCCCAUAAACUACAGAUCAUAUGAUACAGUGUGUCACACUGUCAAUAACUGCUGAUCAUUUUCCAAUCACUCGUCAAUACUUAGAUACUUAGAGUUCCUUUAUUAUAGGGAUGUGAAAUCAAUCAACAUGUUUCCACCUUUAUAAUAAAGUUUAUAUUUUUUA